AUGGGUGUUGUAGGACAGUCUGGGGCUGCAUUGGGUGCUGUGCUUUUCUGGGUGUUUCUUGGUCCCCUAGCUUUGGUUAUGGGGGCUCGUAGUGUUUUUUCUGACCCCACCCUGCUGAUUUGUGGCCAAGAAAGCUUACAGCUCACCUUACCUCUGGGCUGGGAAGGGAAUGCUUCAUUGGUGCUGACUACUUGGGAUACUGAGGGGAAGGCACAUGCUCUGCAGAAUGACUCUGACUGUGGGCUGUUGGUAUCUGAGACUCCAGAUGGCUCCAGGAAAGUAUUGGUUUCUUAUACUGGCUGUUAUAUCUUUGAAUGGAAUGGCCAUUACCUUCUGCUGGUUGGGCUUGAAGGAACAGAUGCUGCUGGGCAAAAGGUUCUUCAUGAAGAGAUGCUGCUCAGGUGCCCUGUGGACCUUCCUGCCCUAGAUGCUCCAAGCAGUAGUGUCUGUUCGGCCGUUCCCAGCCAGGACCGGCUGCCGUGUGCCUCCUUGCCUGUCAGCCAGGGAAACUGUGAAGUGCGAGGCUGCUGCUAUGACCCUAGAGACAGGGUAAAUCCUUGCUACUUUGGUAACACAGUGACAGCUCAUUGCACACCAGAUGGCCAGUUUUCCAUUGCUGUUUCUCGGGAUGUGACCCUGCCACCCAUUGUCCUGGACUCCGUGCAACUGGCCAGUGGACACAGUACUGGCUGUGUUCCUACUGUGAAAAACAAUGCAUUUGUUGUGUACCAGUUCCCACUCUCUGCCUGUGGCACCACUUUUCAGGUGACUGGAGGCCAGGCCAUAUAUGAGAAUGAAUUGGUGGCAUCCAGGGAUGUGAAAACUGCAAGCCUUGGCUCUGUCACUAGGGAUAGCACUUUCAGGCAGGAGGUACGUUGCCUGUCCCACUCAGUGUCGGGGUUAUGCUGAGCUCCUGGGGAUUGACAACAGACUUCAAGGUAAAGUUCUGCAAGAUGGUGGCUACGAGUAAGAAUAUCUCCAUCCGUGCCAAGCCCUCU